AUGUUUAUAGUCCAGAGAUUUCGCCGACUAUCUUUCUGCGGUCCGCCGCCUUUAUUGCUCCGGCCUCUAGAUUUUUUUUUUCUGCAGUUUGCGGACUAUCUUUCUGCAGCCUGUCUUUCUGCAGCCUGUCUUUCUACAGCCGGUCUUUCUGCAGCCUGUCUUUCUACAACCUGUCUUUCUGCAGCCUGUCUUUCUACAGCCGGUCUUUCUGCAGCCUGUCUUUCUACAGCCGGUCUUUCUGCAGCCUGUCUUUCUGUAGCCUGUCUUUCUACAGCCGGUCUUUCUGCAGCCUGUCUUUCUACAGCCGGUCUUUCUGCAGCCUGUCUUUCUACAACCUGUCUUUCUGCAGCCUGUCUUUCUACAGCCGGUCUUUCUGCAGCCUGUCUUUCUGUAGCCUGUCUUUCUACAGCCGGUCUUUCUGCAGCCUGUCUUUCUACAGCCUGUCUUUCUGCUGCCUGUCUUUCUACAGCCAGUCUUUCUGCAGCCUGUCUUUCUACAACCUGUCUUUCUGCAGCCUGUCUUUCUACAGCCGGUCUUUCUGCAGCCUGUCUUUCUACAGCCGGUCUUUCUGCAGCCUGUCUUUCUACAACCUGUCUUUCUGCAGCCUGUCUUUCUACAGCCGGUCUUUCUACAGCCAGUCUUUCUGCAGCCUGUCUUUCUGCAGCCUGUCUUUCUACAGCCGGUCUUUCUACAACCUGUCUUUCUACAACCUGUCUUUCUGCAGCCUGUCUUUCUACAGCCGGUCUUUCUACAGCCUGUCUUUCUGCAACUCGGGGGCUAUCUUUCUUUGGACUUUCUGCGGCUUGCGGAUUAUUUUUCCGUGACUGGCCGACUAUCUUUCUGCGGUCUGUAGAAUAUCUUUCUGUUGCCCGCCGGAACCAUUUUCGUAACUUAUUUUUCUCAAAUUUGACUCGCCACAUUAUAAGAGACUAUUCUAUCUAUCUAUCUAUCUAUCUAUCUAUCUAUCUAUCUAUUCGCCUUUUCAUAUCUACCUCAGUUCAUAUCUAUCUGCUAGACUUUUCAUAUCUCUCUGUGUUUGCUCAUAUCUAUCUCAUAGCUCAUCUAUCUCAUUCAUAUCUAUCUAUCUAUCUAUCUAUCUAUUAUACUAAUAGUCUGAAGUUUCUUUAA